GUCUCGAUCUUCUACAGGAUACCAAAACACACCCUCCCCUCCCCCGAAUAAAGUUAUAAUUCAAAAUUAUAAAAACAAAAGAAGGUCAAAAGUCAAAUUGCUCCGCCUUUCUUUUUUCUUACAAGUUGAUCUUUUCCUCUUCCCUCUCUCUCGUUCUCUUUCUCUCUCAAAUCCAGAAGAAGAAGAAGAAGAAGAAGAAGAAGAAGAAGGGAGAGAAAUGUGUGGGAUAUUUGCAUAUCUGAAUUACAACGUCAACAGAGAGAGGCGUUAUAUUCUUCAGGUGCUAUUCAAUGGUCUCAGGCGUUUGGAAUACAGAGGCUACGAUUCCGCUGGGAUUUCCAUCGACCAUUCCUUUUCCCUCGAUCCAAACACUCCCCAAUCUUCCUCCAAUUCUCCGCCUCCCCCACUAGUUUUUCGCCAGGAGGGAAACAUCGAGAGCCUCGUCAAAUCCGUCUACCAAGAGGUUGCCGAAACAGAGUUAAAUUUAGAAGAAUGUUUCUCUCACCAUGCUGGAAUAGCGCACACCCGGUGGGCUACUCAUGGAGAGCCAGCUCCAAGGAACAGCCAUCCACAGAGUUCUGGCUCUGGAAAUGAAUUUUUGGUUGUUCACAAUGGAGUUAUCACUAAUUAUGAGGCCUUAAAGGAAUCACUGGUCCGGCAUGGAUUCACCUUUCAAUCUGAAACUGAUACAGAAGUAAUUCCAAAGCUUGCCAAAUAUGUUUAUGAUAAAGCUAAAGAAGGAGAAGGUGACCAUACUAUCACAUUUAGUCAAGUUGUGCUUGAGGUUAUGAGGCAUCUUGAAGGAGCAUAUGCCCUGAUUUUUAAAAGCCAGCAUUAUCCAAAUGAGUUGAUUGCUUGCAAGCGUGGCAGUCCAUUGCUCCUUGGUGUCAAAGAAUUUAAUGAAAAUGCUAGCAAUGGAUCUACUUUCCAAGAUGAUAAUUUCCUUUCAAAAAGCGGACAUGCUAAGGAACUCUUUUUAUCCAGUGAUGCCAAUGCUGUAGUUGAACACACUAAAAAGGUUUUGGUGAUUGAAGAUGGUGAAGUAGUACAUCUUAAGGACGGAGGUGUUUCUAUCUUAAAGUUCGAUAAAGGGCAGCACGGUGGCCUUUCAAGAGUUGCAUCAGUACAAAGAGCAUUGUCCAUUCUUGAGAUGGAGGUUGAACAAAUAAACAAAGGAAAUUACAAACAUUAUAUGCAGAAAGAAAUUCAUGAACAGCCUGAAUCUCUAACAACCACAAUGAGGGGGAGACUUUUACGUGGAGGUUCCUGCAAAGCCAAGACUGUUCUCCUUGGCGGACUGAAGGAUCACCUUAAAACAAUUAGGCGAAGCAGGCGAAUUGUUUUCAUUGGUUGUGGUACAAGCUACAACGCUGCCUUAGCUGCAAGACCAAUAUUGGAAGAACUUUCUGGUAUCCCUGUUACAAUGGAAAUUGCUAGUGAUUUGUUGGAUCGGCAAGGACCUAUAUACAGAGAAGAUACAGCAGUCUUUGUCAGUCAAUCUGGUGAAACAGCAGAUAGUUUGAGUGCAUUGGAAUAUGCUCUAGAAAAUGGUGCAUUAUGCGUUGGCAUUACAAAUACUGUUGGCAGUGCAAUAGCCAGGAAUACACACUGUGGUGUUCAUAUAAAUGCUGGUGCUGAGAUUGGUGUGGCAAGUACUAAGGCGUACACAAGUCAAAUAGUGGUGAUGGCUAUGCUAGCACUAGCUAUAGGAGGUGACACAAUUUCCAAUCAAGCAAGAAGAGAGGCUAUAAUAGACGGUUUAUUUGAGUUGCCAAACAAAGUCAGGGAGGUCCUCAAGCUUGACCAGACGAUGAAGGAUCUUGCACAAGAACUGAUAGCUGAACAGUCACUUCUUGUGUUUGGGAGAGGAUACAACUAUGCAACAGCUCUGGAGGGUGCUUUGAAGGUAAAAGAAGUGGCCCUUAUGCACAGUGAAGGAAUACUUGCCGGUGAAAUGAAACAUGGUCCUUUGGCUUUAGUUGAUGAAAAUCUCCCUACAUUUGUGAUUGCUACCCGUGAUGCUUGCUUCAGUAAGCAGCAAUCAGUUAUUCAGCAGCUUCAUGCCCGCAGAGGACGUCUGAUAGUAAUGUGUUCGAAAGGAGAUGCUGCAUCUGUGUGCCCUGGGGGAUCUUGUCGAGUGAUUGAAGUUCCUCAGCUUGAGGAUUGCCUUCAACCUGUAGUUAAUAUUGUUCCAUUGCAGCUGCUGGCAUAUCAUCUCACUGUUUUAAGAGGUUUCAAUGUGGAUCAGCCUCGGAAUCUUGCGAAGAGUGUGACUACGCAGUAAACAAGUUUCAACUUUGAUGGACGUACCUCAUAUACUCGUUGGUGUGUGCGUUCCUAAAUUAUGCUGAGAACAUCAAGACCUUAGCUGAAUGCUGCUAAAAAUCACCUUUUGUUUGAUGUGUAAUAUGUAGGUAAAAUGUCUGGUGUGAUGCUGAUGAGGUUGUUGUGAAUCUUCAGCUUUGUAAAUCAAUACAACUAGGAAGGAACAAUACUAACACGCCCUGUGUCUCCCUCUUCCUGCGGAGUUUGUUUUCUUCUUUUGAUCUUGUAUCCGUCAUUUCAUUUUUAACAUCUACAUUUGAACAUGGAGAUAUAUUUUGUAAUAGCGCAAUAUUAUUUGCAUUGGACAAUAUAUCUUUUUUUCUUCAA